AUGUUAGAGCCAACAAUAGAAGCUUUAACAGCAUGCAGAGUAAUAUUAGCCAGUGGGUCUCCUAGACGCCAUGAAAUUAUACAAAAAUUGGGUAUAAAGGCAGAAGUAGUACCUUCACUGUAUGAUGAAAACUUAGACAGAUCAUCAUAUAAAAGCCAUGGAGAAUAUAUCCAAGAUCUAGCAAAGUACAAAGUACAAGAAGUAUACAAUAGAUUGAAAAAAGAUCUUGUAUCACCAUUUCUAAUAAUUGGUGCAGAUACCAUGGUUACAAUGGGCAAUCUCAUUUAUGGCAAACCAAAAAAUGAGUCGCAUGCAUUUGAAAUGUUAUCAAGUUUAGCAAAUAAGGAACAUAUUGUCAUCACAGGAGUAUGUCUAAAAACAUUAAAUACAGAGGUGAAGUAUUAUAAUUCUACAAAAGUGAAAUUUGGAGAUUUAACAGAGGCACAAAUAAGGACAUAUAUAAAAUCAGGAGAAUGUUUAGAUAAAGCUGGAGGAUAUGGUGUACAGGGAAUGGGUGGCUGUUUAAUUGAAAAAAUAGAUGGAGAUGUCUAUACUGUAAUGGGAAUGCCAUUAUAUUCAUUAGCAAAACAAUUAAAUAACAUUUUCUCUACAGUAUAA